CUUAAAAUAUAAUCUGCCCGGUAACAAUCAGCGCGCAGCGGCGAGAGCCCCAGAGCUAUUGGCUAUGCAAAUGCAGGGAGGGGAAGCGGCGCCCCAAACUCCCCGCUCACACUUUUAAGGCGGUAUUUCUGCACCCCUGUCCCUCGCAGAGCCCCCCAGCUCCGUGGUGGCCGGGGGUCGGAGGAGGGGGGGCGGUCGCCCCGAGUUGGGGACAACUCGCCAGCCCGCCGGGGUCGCCGCGCUCCGCGCAUCCCCGGGGUGGCUCAGCCCUGGAUGGCUCUUGUGUCCCCCCCCUCGGGAGCCUCUGCUCUAUCGGAGCAGGCAGCGGCAGAGACUUCGCAAAGCUGACACAUUUUGCAGGCGGGGAAGCGACUGCGACGCCGGCGAAGUGAGAGGAGGGUGGAAGUCACCCAGCGCGGGACGUAACUCCUGUCCCCGUCGUCCCCCCCUUUCUCCCUCCUCCCUCCCUCCGUCCCUCCCUCCCUCCCUCCCUCCCCCGCUGCGUUUCCUAGAAAGUCCUAUCAAUGUGGCCAUGCACUGCUUGAAACGGUUCGCCUGCACGAAACGCGUCUGUGCGCCGGAGGAAGCAGCGUGGUGAUGGUUUGUUAAGAUUUCACCCCCAAUUCGUCGCCGAACCCCAACUCCUCGAAGAGCUUUAGCGUUGCCUUUUUGGGGUUUCCUGUCAGCGGGGAGCUCCGUCCCCGCUCCAGCUGCGGAUUAAGGGGAGAAAGAGGGAGAUCUCUUUGGAAACAUGGAGCUGCUGUGCUGCGAGGUGGAUUCCAUGCGGAGAGCUUUGCCUGACCCAAACUUGCUCUACGACGACCGGGUUUUGCACAACUUACUCACCAUAGAGGAGAAGUAUCUGCCCCAAUGCUCCUACUUCAAGUGCUUCCAGAAGGACAUCCAGCCCUUCAUGAGGAGGAUGGUGGCCACUUGGAUGCUGGAGGUCUGUGAAGAGCAGAAGUGCGAAGAAGAAGUUUUCCCUCUGGCCAUGAAUUACUUGGACAGAUUCUUAGCUGUGGUGCCCACUCGAAAGUGCCAUCUGCAGCUGCUGGGGGCAGUGUGCAUGUUCCUGGCCUCCAAGCUGAAAGAGACAAUCCCCCUCACAGCCGAGAAGCUGUGCAUAUAUACGGACAAUUCCAUCAAACCCCAAGAGCUGCUGGAAUGGGAGCUGGUGGUGCUUGGGAAGUUGAAGUGGAACCUCGCAGCCAUCACCCCGCAUGAUUUCAUUGAACACAUCCUAAGGAAGCUGCCUCUACCUAAAGACAAGUUGCUUUUGAUCCGGAAACAUGCACAGACGUUCAUUGCUCUGUGUGCCACAGAUUUUAACUUUGCCAUGUACCCACCGUCAAUGAUAGCAACUGGAAGUGUGGGAGCAGCCAUCUGUGGCCUUCAGCUCGAUGACAGCGACAGCCUCACGGACCUCCUGGCCAAGAUCACAAACACAGAUGUGGGCUUCCUGCUCUGCUCCAAGCAAACUCAGACACUGAAGCUUCCCUUCUCUCCAGAAGCAGGAGUCCAUCAGACAGCAGACACCAGGACUGCCUUAAAGCUUGUCAAGAACAGAUCGAGGCGGUGCUAGUAAACAGCCUUAGGCAAGUCCGGCAGCAGGAACAGCAAAGCAGUCCUUCUAAGACGAUGGAUGAACUGGACCAGGCCAGCACUCCCACAGAUGUGAGAGAUAUCAACCUGUGAGGACAUCGGCACAGAGCGUCACGCUUGCUCCCCCCAACCCUUUAUUUUUUUUUAUUAUUUUUAGAGUGAAAUCUUUGGGUUUUUUUUGAAUCUGCCCCCACAUAGAACGUAUUUAAAGCUCUUUAGGUAAAGAAAAAAAAUACAAAAACUGAAUAAUGGAAAAAAAGCAUUGGUGCCUGUGAUGUUCUUCAGAAGGGAAUCCCACAAUAUAUUUGGUAAUUGCUAUUUGAUUAUGUAUCAGUGAUAUUAAAUGCUUAUAAAAGCAUAUGAAGUAGCUAGAUAAAUGUAAGCCUGCAUUUGUGGGAACAAAGUAGUAGAGUAUACUUGUCUGUGUAUUAUGACCUAGUGCAUACACCCCUUUUUUAGAUUUAAGAAAGGAAUUGUGUGUGCGAUUUUAUGGCUUGACUAGAUUGCAAAGCAAUAGAAUAAGGGGUUUAGGGCAAAGUGGGAGAAGAUCCCUGAAGCAAUUGAACCAUUUUGAAUGCAGAAGAGAUUUGCUGAUCUGUCACCUCUGUUGUUAGUCAGAAGUGUUUGUUGGAUCUCUGUAUGUUAGUUUUGUUUCUUGCUGUCUGUGGUAGCUGCUACCUAAGAAAGAAGAUGCUUUAUUUUGCCAGCCAGAAGAGCAGGUGGUGGGGUUUUGGGGUUGUUUUUAUUUUUGUUUAAUUUUUUUGUUUGGUUUUUUUUUUUUUUUUCAAAUUCCCCUCUCUCCUCGGGACAUUUUUUCCUUUUCCUUCAGAAAUGGUUCAUCCUAAACACAGCAGCGUCUUUGGCAUAAGGGCAAUCCUGUUUACCCAACUGUGGGCCAAGCCAAAGCUAUUGACUGUUCACAUUAGAUGGGGGAAAUGCAUCAAGUAAUUCCAACCAGUCAGUUAAUCAGACCGCCUCUGACCUUUGGAUUGCAAGAUGUGGUGGAUCAUCUGUGAAUAGCAUUAUAUUCCUUUACAGUGCUAAUGCUUUACAUCAAUGUUAACUUCUGGCAGCUCCUUAGCUUGGCCGUAAAGAUAUUUAAAUAAUGCUCUGUCCUUUUUCUUUUUUAACAUAUCCUCACUGUGUUAAAGAAGAUGAGAUUUGGUUUGAUCCCUCUUCUACCUACCCGUCUUCCCCCACUGCCCCCACACACUUUUUCAGCAUUUCAUUAACUUUAUUGAUCCACGGUGAGCAUUUUUGUAAACCAUUUCAUUCAAAAAGCACUUUGAAAAUUGUUCCUAAGGGAUUAAAUGAGAUGGUUUAUGAUUAUUUUACCAAGAAAAAAAAAAAAGGAAAAAAAAAAGAAAAGGAAAAAAAAUAGAAAAGAAAAAAAAAAAAAGAGAAAGUCACAAAAGCAAAGCAUAUAGCUUUUUCUAAUCAAUAUUUUCCAGUAUCUGGUGUACUUGGUUAGUUGCGGUGUUGCUGGAAAUACCAACACUUGCUUCAGAUGACAUUCCUGUCAUGACAUUCCGGAUAAAAGCCUGAUGAUUUGUAUUGUUUAGUGUCACAGAAGGAUCUUAAUACCACGUGCAUGCUUAUCUAUGGACAACGAAAGAAAAUUGCUGGUGCAAAAGACACGAGUGGUAAACAUCAAGGUGUGCGACUUGGGGUUUUAUCACAAAGGUGUAUUCAGUGUACUUGAAUUUAUAUUUCUGCUCCAUCUGUAAUGAAGAGGCAUUUAGAUGGCAAAGGAGUUGGAGCAACUUUUUUUUUUCUUUUUUUUUUUUUUGCACAAUUGUAUUAACAGUUUGGGAAUACACAGUUGAAAUGUUGGUUGAAAUGUUAGUGUUUGCAUUUUUAAGACAAAAAUCCAGAAAGAACAUGCUACUUUGAAGAAUAUUAUAUGAAUGGACUCAGCCGUGUUUGGCUAGAUGAGGGUAGAAAAUGGGAUAAGAUUCUAAGGUUCUGUUGGUUAUAUUUUUUUUGGGGGGGUUGGGUUUUGUUUGGUUGUUUUUUGUUUUUUUUUGCGCUGCUAAGAAGCUAUGAUUUGUUUCAUUCUUAUUCACAUUAACAGUACUUAGCUGUAUUGUUUCACUGAGUGUGCUGCUAUUUUAUAAACAUUUUUAUAAUAUAUUAUUUUACUGCUUAAAUUUCAAAUCCUGAAGUAGAUGGUUAAGUGGAGAUAUGAUGAGUUCUUUGAUUUACUGGAAAUGCCCUGUACAGUUUUUUUUUUCUUUUUUUUUCCUAAUAGCGUGUUCAUGAUUUUUUUAUUUUAUUUUAUUUUUUCCUUCUUUCUUUCUUUUUUUUCUUUUUCAUCCUUUCCUGAUCACAUCCUGCAAAGACAGUAUACUUACCUCAGGUUUACUGGACAAAACAGAAAUGGUUCCCAUUUUCACAAUACCUCACAACGUGACAGUUUGGUUUUUCCCCAAGGCCCAUGCUCUGGCCACGGAGCCUGGGGAGAGGCUGCAGGCAGUCAGGGCGCUGGCUCCCUUUUGGUCUUUGGUAUCCUUUUCAUAGUGGAAAAAAUACAUUGACUCUCCACCAGGAGCUUUGCUGGAGCAGGUUUGGAGCAACCGUCUUCCCAAAAACUGGUGGUAGGGACAGCCUUGUUCUCACCACUCCUCCCACCUUGAUGUACCACAUAGAGAGCACCUGAAGUUCAGCAGCAAUGUCUCUCCAUGGAGACAAACAAAAGUUGUGUUGUGGAAGCAAGACUGUGGAGCUGCAUGCAAUUCACAUAUGAGAGAUCUGAUCGCUCCCUGGCAGCCAUCCUGUGUUAGCAAACGUGACUUCACAGGGAGCAUGGGGGAGGAUCCCCAGGCAGUGGGAUACCUUCUUGGCAUGCUGGGCUGGAGCAGAGCUGCCCACGGUGAGCAUAGGCACCACAUCCAUCAUAUUUGCAUGGUUUGCUCUCCUCCGUGUUGUGUGUCAACCAUAGGCCAGUGCAGUAUUUACGAUGCCUGCCCCUGCUCUUCAUCACUGAAUGGAAGGAGGGUGAGGUCCACUCAGGUCAGCUCCUCACAGGGUGGUUGGAACAGCACAGGAGCUGCAGUGCCGUUCAGCAGCACCAGUUGCUCACAGUAUCCCAGCAGGUCUGGGCAGGUGACCGUCAUUGUUAAGACUGUCCUCAGCUGCAGUGGUGCACUUAAAAAAUACAAGCCAUCUGGUUACACGUAGAAAUGUCCUGUAUUUGAAGUCUGGAAAACUUAGAACUUGACCAUUUUCACCGCAGCAUCCAAAAUUAAAAUACUGCGUAGUACUCCUUUUUAAGAGAAGUUAAAAAAAAAUAUGAUACUGCUAUUGCAAAUGAGGUGUGAGUUUUUUUCCUUGAACUGCAGAAACCAUAAGCCUUCCUACUGAUCAAAAAAAUAAUGCUUUGUUGAUUAUACCUGCACAAGUGCCAAAGGAUUGCUAAAACCAUUUCUCUCUCAGCUUCCUAUUGAUGGUACUUUUUCCCUCCUCUUACUGUAGUGUAGGAGCACCUCAGAAUCAAUUUAUUUAUAUUCCAACAUGCUUGUGAAAGAGAAAAAUACUAUUUGUCCCAUUUUAAUAUCAAUGAUCUAUGUUUGAGAAAUUGGACGGCUCUUAAUUACUCAGCAAACCACCUGACCAUUGGAUUUUUUCCACUAUGUUUAUUACCAUGUUCUCAUGUACCUCAAAAAUCACUCUUGGUUGCACAGUUUCUGUUCCCAAACUUCUUUUUUUGGUUUUUUUUUGUUGGUUUUUUUUUUUUUUUUUUCUUUAUCGAGUGUGAUGCCAUAUCAAGUCAAUGUUAUUCUCUCACAAUGUGCUCUUUAAGAGGUGUGGAUGUUUAUAUGGUCAGGGGAUGCUAGGAAGUGCAGUAGUAGAUAUGAUCAGUUUAAACAAAAGUUUUUAGAAAGUACGUGAGACUGUUUUCGAUGGAUAAGACUGAAACAGUGUAGUCUUGAUUACCUUUUAAAAGGUCUUUGUUCAGUGUUGUCGUUUUUAUUAAUAACCCAUUGUUUUGACUAGUUUAAAGAUGGUUCUAAGAAAAGUGUGUUGGUGGGAUUAGGUAUGCUGUAUGGACAAUAAACUCAC